CCUAUAUGACACUGAACGAAUCCUGUUGUGUUCAGGUAUCGAAAUCCAUGUCCUUCGAGCAAGCCGCUGCAUUGCCGAGUGCUGUCCUCAUUCACUAUGCGUGUGGUGGAGUUGGCCUAGCUGCUAUCCAGGUUGCCCGGAUGAUAGGCGCUGAGAUCUAUUGCACGGUGGGAGCCGAGACAAAGGUCGAAUAUUUGGUUCGGAAUUGUAAUAUACCACGGUCCCAUAUCUUCCAUUCACGUAAUUCAUUGUUUGUUCAAGACGUCAUGGACGCCACCAACGGUCGGGGAGUGGACGUUGUUCUCAACUCGUUGGCCGGCGACCUUCUCCACGCCUCGUGGACAUGUGUGGCCGAGUUUGGAGUCAUGGUCGAGAUUGGCAUUCGUGAUUUUCGUCGCAAGGCUAAGCUGGCGAUGGAACUUUUUGAAGCGAAUCGAACCUUCGUUGGACUUGAACUGAGGGAGAUAUCGCGCGUCCGUCCCUGGAUAGUGACCGACAUUCUAAGACGUUGUGUCAACUGGAUCGAGGCUGGAGUGCUCACGCCCGACCCGAUCUCAAACAUCUUUCCGGCAGCAAACAUCCACGAGGCUUUCCGCUUGAUGCAGUCCGGUUCUCACAUUGGCAUGAUCGUGAUACAGAUGCCGGACGAUCCCAUGGCUCUGGUGACUAAGAGAGUCAACCCCUGUCCAAUCUUUCAGCAAGAGCGGAGUUGUCUGCUUGUUGGCGGACUUGGUGGCCUGGGACGGGCCGUGGCUUCGUGGAUGGUUGAACAUGGUGCCCGCAACCUGGUCUUUCUUGAUUCCUUUGUUGAGGACCUGGAGUCUCAAGGAUGCCGGGUCCAAUUGGUGGGUGGCAGCGUCUGUGAGCUCGUUGAUGUUAAGAAGUGUGUUGCACAGGCCACCGCUCCAAUCGCUGGCGUCUUGAACGUGUCUAUGGUGUUGAGGGACGUCUCUCUUGAGAAGAUGACAUAUUCUGACUGGGUAACCGUUGUGGAGCCCAAGGUGCAAGGCACUUGGAACCUCCAUAAUGUGCUUCCGUCCAAUCUGGACUUUUUCAUCCUCAUUUCAUCCUGCAGUGGCCUUUGUGGGCAGUGGGGUCAGGCAAACUAUGCUGCUGCCAACACGUUCCUGGACGCAUUUGUGCAGUAUCGCCAUCAUCAGGGUCUUCCAGCCUCCGUCAUUGACCUUGGCGUGAUGGGCGACGUCGGUUUCGUGGCUCGCAACCAGAACUUGCAACUAAUCUCCCUACGCGGACAUAUAGCAAUCCGAGCCAGAUUGUCCUGGGCCUCAACACGGCCGUUCCUGCCUCCUCUCCGGCCAACCGGCAUCUACCGCAAUCUUGACGGGGGCGGCGAAACCUCCACAACUGCUUCAUCGAAGCCCAACAGUCUACAAGAAUCCCUCGCCUCCGCCGCCACACAGCCAGUACUCCUUCAAGAUGAGGCAGCUGUGAUGAAGAUCACUGAGGCUAUUGCAAUGGCUUUGGCUGAUUUCCUCAUGAGAGAUCAAGGCAGCAUUGUCCCCACAGACUCAUUCUCGAGCCUUGGGAUUGACUCCCUGGUGGUUAUGGAGAUCCGCACUAUUCGGCAGCAUCUUGGCGUGGAUAGAAGUGUGCUGACGAUCCUUCGCUGCCCUUCGUUGUUCAAGCUGGCAGAGAGUAUUCGUGACGAGCUGCUUGGUCGGUUGAGUGGGUGAGCGUUCAUGGCAAUUUGUUGCCAUUGUGCUGGCUCCUCUUUCAGGUGUCUAAAUUGAUUGAUGACUUCCGGCAUCUUUCUUUGUAAACUUCAAUCUUCAACCACUUGCUUGAAUCAACUGCAUGAAUUGGUUGUGUCUGGCGCUCUUUGUCUUGAAGACAAGCCUU